ACAGUGGUGAGCUCUUAGCUUCACCAGGCUCAUCAAAGCUGCUCCAGGAAGGCCAGAGCCAGACCAGAAGACAUGCAGAUCAUCACCACAGCCCUGGUGUGCUUGCUGCUAGCUGGGAUGUGGCCGCAAGACGUGGACAGCAAGAGCAUGCAGGUACCCUUCUCCAGAUGUUGCUUCUCAUUUGUGGAGAAAGAGAUUUCCCUGCGGGCAAUCCAGUGUUACAGAAAUACCAGCUCCAGCUGCUCCAAUGAGGGCUUAAUAUUCAAGCUGAAGAGAGGCAACGAGGCCUGCGCCUUGAACCAGGCUAGAUGGGUUCAGAAUCACAUUAAAAAGCUGAGCCACUGCCUGCCAAAAAGAAAAUGAGCAGAUUUCUUUCCAUUAUGGGCUGUGGAAACCACGUAGCUUCACCUGUCCCGGAAACCCCCAGUCCUAUACCAUUCCUUCUGCCCCGCUUUUGCUGGGUCACAGAGGAUCUGCUUGGUCUUGAUAAGCUAUGUUGUUGCACUUUCUACAUUUAAAUUAUAGAAUGAUCAACCCCCA